AUGCAGGGAAAUAAGAAACAUACAGAAGGACAUAGUGACUCCUCAAGUAUUGGGAGUCUCCUGGAUGACACAGACAGAGAGGUGAGCAGUCUCACAGAUCGGGCUUUCAAAAGUUUGUGUGUGGCAGAACUUGAAGACUCUUACAAUGAACCAGAUCUUGCCAUUUCACCUGACUUCGCCCUCCAAUUCUCUGCUAAAUUUCACCCAGGGACGUUAAACCAUACCAUCAAGAAAAGCAACAUCUGUAACAAACUAACAGCAAGAAACAAUGAACAUACAAAAUGGGCUUCAACAUUCCAGCAGUUACCAAAGUGUACUCCAGAGGAGAAAAGGAUUGCUAAAAACAAUACCUUUGCCACGGAAAGGAAAAAGCUGAAUUUGCCGGUCCCUGGUCCAAGGAACAAUAAACAUGUUUCAAAAGUGUCCUCAUUGAUUAAGACAUUUGAUAAGACUGCAGACCAAGGGUCAGGAGAUUCCCUGAUAGCCCUUAAGCAGCCCAUUAAGAAUAGCUUUCAAAAAUGUAAAUUGAAUCAUGGAAACGAUAUGGCUUGCUGGGAUGACACAGACAUUUUAAGCAUCCACAAGGAACUUUCUGAAUUUUCUGAGGCUAGUCAUGGUAGCCACAGUCUCAGCAGCAAACAUGAGCCACAGAAAAGACCUAAUAAAAUAGACCUGAGUUACUGUGGCUCUGAUGGUUAUUAUCCUGUGCUGAUUGAGAUGUCAAAAGUAGCCAAGUCAAAUUUUUCCCGUUCGUCUAAAAAGGCUUUAAAAACCAAAAGUGUGAAAGUUAAUGAGCCAGCAAAAAAAGGUAAUUUUCUUCACAGUGAGAAUAGUGCUUUUGAGUCAUGGAAUGUUCAUCAUAAAAAACUGACUGAAAAGGAGGAAUUUGUUGGUAUAAAAACAAAAAAGGAAGGUCUUGCAUACUUGGAAGAAGCACCAUGUAUUAAAGGAUCCCGCACACAUGAACAGAAAUUACCACCUGACAAGAUCACCAUUGCUAAGAAGCAGGAAAAAGAUUUUCAGAUGGAGCCAGCUCCACCAGAAGCUGCUUUCAGCAUCCCUCUUCCAGCUGUAUAUGUACCUCAGGGCCCCCUCCCUUCAGAAACCAAAUUUCAUGCUGCUCUUCCUCCCGCACCCCCCCCUAGGAUCCAUGUGCACCAGGGUCCUCCUCGGCCACCCCCUGUCCCGCAGACACUUCCUCUUCCACCCCCCACCCAGCAGGGCCGUCCCCCAACACCCCCUACCCCUGAAGCCCCUCCUGUGCCACCACCCCCAGUGCCAGCUCAGCUUUCCCCUCCUGCCAUGUCCCAAGCCUCCGUCUCACCCCAGUCUGUGUCCUACAGGAUGGUUUCACCCUCACUCAUGUCCCAAGCACCCAGCCCACCUCCACAGAGACCCCUAGCCACCUUAACCAGAGAGGAGGCCCUUAGUCCCCAACUGGGCAAUAGUUGUCCACCAUGGAGAAGACAGAGGGCUACAAAAGGGGCAGCAGAGAAGAGACAGACCUCAAAGGAGAAUUUCACAGCCAGUGAUGACAUGGUUUCGUUGUCUGAAAAGGCAACUGGUGCUGAACCUGGUCUGGAUGUGACUCCUCUGGCUAAACAGGUAAACUCCCCUGGAUCCAUCAGUCCCUCUUUCAACAUCACCGAACUCUUAACACCCAUCAUACCACCAAAACAGGAGGUGGACCCCCUGGAAAGCGAGCUGAUCCCACUGACACCUCCUCCCACUGAGAGCACGGCAGCGAGAGACCAUGAGGGGAGCACAUUUGAUGAUUACAGGUCUCGGGAUAGUUACAAAUCGAAAGCAUCGAGUCUGUUAUUCAACUUGAAGGAUGUGCGUAAACGUGUUAAAAGCAUUUAUACUCCUUCUCCCCUGUUAAGGGCCUUGGAAGAGAAAAAUAAAAAUAGGGAAAAUAUACAGGAAAGUACAAAAAUGAAUGCCUCACUGUCAACUUCACAAGAAAAAAAUAACAAAAAUAUUGCAGAGAAAGAUGAAUUGGGUGAUAUAGCCUCUGUAUUGUCUGGCAGUGCUCACGAAAAGGACAAUAAAGCUGAUUUAACUAGACACUUUACAGACAAUUACCUGACUUUGAGUUCACCCCAGACAACAGCGGACCUUUUAUUUUACCAAACUGGAGACAACUUGCAGCAAGACGACUCAAAACAUGAAGGUCUGGUUAAAAACACAAGGGGUAAUGAAAACUUCCCCUUGUUCAGGUAUGAAUCAAAUGAACCUGAUCUAAGGAAACAUCUGCAGUAUCCAGCACUGAAGCCAUUCAGUAGAAACACUGCAGAUACAACAGCUGGGCAGCCUGUGCAAAAUCCCAGUGUCCAGGGUGAGGAAAAUGAGAGACAGGCUGCUAAUUGGAAUGAAGAAUUUGCCUUCAAAACACUCCCAAAUCAACUCUCACCAGCAGAGGAUGUGCCUUACAGUGACAUCCAAACCAGUAUGGUGGUAACUGGCCAUGAAGCACAAGGCAAAAGAAGCAGUAGUUCUUCGGAGCAAUCUUUUGUCUCCACAGUAGAGCAGCCACUUCACGAGGAGCCAUUUCCACUGGUGCCCCUGAUGCAGAAGGCAUGCCUUCAAGAAAGCCACAAGACUAAGAGUGAAAUGGGUGCAGACAGUAAAAAAAGCCACAAGGAGAGAGGGAAAGAUAUUGGUGGAGAUGAACUGCAAUAUUAUGCUUCUAUCAGCUCUGGUACUGGUGCAGCAGAGAAGAAGGAGGGUAGGGUUACUGGGAAUGAACAGAGUAGCUUGAUGAAAGAGAAGCUAAGGAGAGAGAAAAGGGAAGAGGCCAACAGCGUGGAUUCUGCUUCCAACGGUGUAAGGGACACGUCCAUCCCCAGGUCCGAGGAGCCACAAACACCCCCAUCUUCGAGCUCAACAAAACCCAGUCUGUUUAUGAUUAAAGAUAACACAUUCAGGUCACCUCAGGUAAUAAGGGCUGUCAAGCUGCCCCUGUUCAGGUCCUUUUCCCUGGAUGAUACAGUGAGCAGCAGUUAUAAGGAAAUGGAAAGUAGGUUUGUGCCCCCAGCAGAGCACAACAAGCAGCACCGGAACAUGUUGCAUGCCCAGGAGGCAGGCUGGUCGGCAUCGAGGAGCAGAGGGCUGCAGAACGUGAGGGAUGGAGCAACCGACAGAGGAAAUGGAUCUACUUCAGUAACACUAGGUCCCAGUCUUCUGGAAGACACAGAGAGCUUUUCAUUAGGGAAGCUGAUGGAAGAAGAUGAAGAGACUUAUGCUUUGUUAAAUAAAGUUGGGAAAAUGAAUGAGGAAAGUGUCUGCAGAAGGAAAGAGAAGUCUCAGACUAGAAAGGCAAGACACAGCUUAGCACAGCCAUAUUUAGGUCUGGAAAAUGACCAAGCACGAAAUAAACCCAGCUAUCCCACAGAAAGAAAGACAAAUUACUUUAAGAAUCAUAAUUUAUCUAAUCGCAGAGGUGGCUCUUGUGCAAAAAAAAUAAUCACUAGGGAGACCAUUUCCCCUGUGACUGGCUCCAUAUCAGAGGACCACAUGUAUUCUCCUGUAUCCCAUGAAGCUUUAGAGGACAUCCUACAUAUGGAAGAUGCACCGGUUUUGUUAGACAGUCUUGCAUGCUGUGCUGUUGCAAGCCCCAGGUCAGGCAGCACAAUGCACUCCAUUGCUGCCAGUUCAUCAUCAGACAAGCUAACAAGAGAGAAAGAGAGUGUUAUAAACCCUGCCUUGCUAAACAUGGCACUAAAGAGCCAAGCUGAUAUGUCUGCAGAAGAGAUACUUAAUUCAGCACAGAGGAAUCUCCCUUCUGAUUCUGCAGGGGAAGCUGAGAGACUGGAGCCCAGGGGACUUGGGGAGAGAGCAGCAGGUAAGCCUCCUGCUGUGCCACCAAAAACAGAAAAGGCUCUGCGGCGGGCCAAAAAGCUGGCCAGCAAGAGAAAGAAAAUGCAAGAGCAGCAGAAAAAACAUCAGACUGAGCAGACAGAUGCUGUAGGGAGAAAAUCUUCUCAUUCUGGAAGACCCAGUGGUGCAUCAGCAGUAAGCCCUUCACCCUCUUCGACCCAGCGUAAAAUCCUCCAAGACCCUGACUCUGGCCAAUACUAUGUAGUUGAUUUACCAGCUGAAGUUAAUUUAAAGACAUUUUAUGACCCAGAAACUGGCAAAUAUGUUCAAGUUUCUGUCCCUUCCUCGGAAGAGAACUUACACGAGCCCCCCUCUUCAGAAAUUAUGAAUUCUCCCUAUGCCUCCUACCCUAGAGUGCUGCCUUUACCAGCUUCAUCUGUAGCAGUGCUGAAGUCACCUUCUCAGCUCUCCGAACCUACCUGGUUAAUGCCAGCUGUACCAGGAGAAACAGCUGAACUACCUGAAGACGGCCAGCAGGACUACAGAUAUGCUGAAUCUGUGGAUACUCAGCCCUAUAUUGAACCAGCCUCUUACCCCUACAGUCAAGAUGCUGAAGAAACUCAAGGUCACUUAAGAAAGGACACGAGCCCAACACCAAAUACUGACAUAGUGUCCCUCACCGAUUUAGAUGAUUUUGCUGCUGAAGGAGUAUCUUGA